AUGAACUCCAUGGUUGCAAGCCGGUGGAAUUCGACUCUCGCAACAGAUGGCGCUGCUUAUCAGCGUGCUGCCAGCGCUAAUCAAAGACCAAGAGUAUUCAGCCGCCGUCGUGUACCGAACCGCCAAAAGUUCAUCGAAGACCAAAAGACCCAAGGAGAGAGUCGAAUCUUAGAGAAAUACCAAACUCGUGAUUGGCGAGCAGGCGAUAUUUACACACCUCAUGACCUCAGCGCUGCCGAGAUGAAGAAGUGGAGGAAGCGCUACAGCCCAGCCACAGAUGCUUUUGAUUCUUUGAACAUGAACCCGCUAGACUUAUACAAGAACUUCUCGAUCAUGUCUGAAUACAUCACCCCAAUGGGGCGUAUAAAGCAUAGAAAUACAACUGGUUUACGACCUGUUAACCAACGGAAGAUUGCAAAGGCUAUUCGAAGGGCUAUUGGCCUUGGUCUGAUGCCUAGUGUCCAUAGACAUCCUGAGAUCCUGGCAGCGGAAUUGAAGGCGAAGGCUCUAUGGAGAGCUCCAUACGUUUUCUUGGACGUUUUCUUCUUAGUAUCUCGAAACUUCAUUUGGGCGGCCAGUCCUUCUACAACCAGGGGCCAGCCCACUCAUCUCUCGUCGGAUGCCAAAGGCGAACGACUUGCUUAUGCGGCCAAUAAAUCCAUAUUCUUGCGUUCAAUCGACGACCCCGCUCUCGCGAGGCAGUACACCGAACAUAAGGCGCAGACUACGGUCGCACGGUUUUCGCCGUCUGGAUUCUAUGUUGCUAGCGGUGAUGCAACCGGUUUAGUUCGAGUCUGGGACUGCGCCGGUGAAGGGCAUACGAAGGGAGAAUACAGUAUUGUCAAUGGCAGGAUCAAUGAUCUCGCAUGGGACGGAGAUUCCCAGCGUAUAAUCGCCGUAGGUGAGGGGAAGCAACGCUAUGGCCACUGCAUUACUUGGGAUAGUGGAAAUACUGUCGGGGAAAUCUAUGGCCACACCCAACAGAUUAACUCCAUCUCGAUCAGGCAACAGCGACCUCUGAGAGCUGCUGCUGCUGGCGAUGACAAGAAUUUAGUAUUCUACCAUGGAGCGCCCUUCAAGUUCAAUACAGGUAUCCGUGACAAGCACACUAAUUAUAUUUAUGGGGUCAGCUUCAGUCCGGAUGGCUCAACGUUGGUUAGCGUUGGUGCUGACCGGAAGAUCUGGCUCUAUGAUGGCAAGACGGGAGAGCCAAGGGGCCAGGUUGGGGAAGGUGAGCAUAAGGGUAGUAUUUUCAGUGUUUCAUGGUCCAAGGACUCUCGGAAAUUCGUAACCGCGAGUGCCGACAAGACGGUCAAGAUAUGGGAUGUGGAAGCCGGUAAAGUCUCACAAACAUGGAACAUUGGAGGGGAGGGCAGUACAGAUGUCAAAGACCAGCAGGUCGGUGUGGUUUGGCCUCCGGGUAGAAGUGACAAUCUGCUUAUCAGUUUGUCACUAGGUGGCAACCUGAAUUAUCUUGUUGAAGGUGCUCCCGAGCCUAGACAAGUCAUCCAAGGCCACCAGAAAAACAUUACAUCCUUGACACGCUCCCGCCCUAGCAGCGAUAAUGACACACUGUGGACUGGCAGUUUCGACGGCAGAGUCUGCAGCUGGGACGUGCCCACUGGGGCUGCGGAGGAGGUGGACGGUGAGAGUCACUCGACGUACAUCGCAGGCCUUGCGCCGACACAGGAAGGCAAUGGUAGAAUCUACAGCGUGGCCUGGGAUGACACCAUUAGAUCCGUGGACGUUGGAGCUAAAACAUACACCGGAAGCUCUUCCAAGUUAUCUGCACAGCCCAAGGGUAUCGCUGCAGCUGUCGUGGUAUUGGUAGGGACAUCGGAGAGCGUUGAGAUCUACAAAGACGGCCAGAAGAUCGGCAACUUCAAGUCAAAGUUUCCCAUCACUACUGUGGCAGCACAUGGAAGCACUGCGGCCAUCGGUGGUGACGAUUCAAGUGUUCAAAUCUGCGAGAUCUCAGGCGCUACUUUGAUUCCUAAAACGGAUUUUAAAGCUUCUCGGAAUCCUGUGUCUGCAUUGGCUUUCUCGCCGAAUGGCUCCCUGUUGGCUGUUGGCGAUUCGCGUGGUCGCGUUCUCGUUUACAAGGUUGCCGAUGCCAGUCUGGUCACAGACCGUUGGACAGCACAUACUUCGCGGAUCACUUCCAUUGCCUGGAACGAAGAUGGUACACACGUUGCGAGCGGGGCAUUGGACACCAAUAUAUUCGUGUGGAACUUGGCCAAUCCUGGAGAAUGGCUUCAAGCUACUAAUGCUCACAAAGAAGGUGUCAAUGGUGUAGCCUGGGUGUCGGGGUCGAAGAUUGCAUCGGCUGGUGCGGAUGCAGCAGUCAAGUUGUGGAAAGUGGAAGGUUUGGAAUAG